AUCGGUGGUACAUGGAAGGACUUGACGGACAACGUGAAUGUCAUAGCUGCUAACUUGACCUUACAAGUCCGAACUAUUGCUGUCGCGACCACUGCUGUCGCCCGUGGAGACUUGACUCAACAAAUCACUGGUGUCUCUGUGUCCGGAGAGAUGCUAAGCCCAGUCAACACUAUCAACGACAUGAUUGCUCAAUUGGUAAUCUUCGCCAAGGAAGUCAAGAAGGUCGCAUUCGAAGUCGGUACAGAGGGUAAAUUGGGUGUCCAGGCUGAGGUGGGCAACAUCCAGGGUAUCUGGCAAGAAAUCACGAUGUCCGUCAACACUAUGGCCGGUAACUUGACCGCACAAGUACGUGGAUUUGCCCAGAUCUCGGCAGCUGCUAUGGACGGAGAUUUCACUCGUUUCAUCGCUGUUGAGGCCAGCGGAGAGAUGGACUCUUUGAAAACACAGAUCAAUCAGAUGGUAUUCAAUCUACGUGACAGCAUCCAGGAAAAUACCGCUGCGAGCGAGGCAGCUGAGCUGGCGAACAGGAGUAAAUCUGAAUUCCUAGCAAACAUGUCGCACAAAAUCAGGACGCCCAUGAGCGGAAUUAUUGGCAUGAUGGAGCUUACUCUUGACUCUGAUUCGAAGAUCACCACGACGGCGCCGUGA